AUGGCGGAGAAGUCACUGAGCGCAGAUGAUUGCGUACUUUUACAAUUGAUGGACAAGUUUAAGCCACAUUUGAAGCCCUAUGCUUAUCGGCAAGAUGCGUGGUCAAGGGUGUUGAAUGAGUACAAUGGAUUGACUGAUAGUUUGUAUCGGCAGGCCCGAACACUGAGGGUUAAAUUUGAGAAAAUGAAACAACUGUGCAAAGAUAGUCACCGUGGGAAUAUUGAUCUUGAGAACUUUGAAUUGCUGAAAAAGCUAGCUGAUGAGACAGGUGAAGGGAAGUCGAAACGUUCCAAAGUUAAGAAGAAUCAUGUUAAAAAAAUGGCUUCAGCCGAAUCCUCACUCCGGCCCGACUUCAAUAUAGAUCAUAAAAGUUCUACUCUACUGGCGGAUGAAGUUGAGAUUAUUGCUCCUCAAAUUAAUACAACUCAAAGAAAUGAUGGUCUGCAACCUCCACCUUUGGAUAGCAUAGUCGUUGGAUUUGGUCAGGGUCUUGAUCCUGCCAGUCUUGCAACUUUGCCUACAUACGAUCACCCGAUGGCGAGAGAUUACGAUGGCUCCUCUCCACUAUCUAAUAAGUCUUCGAUAUCGAGGGUACACCAGAAUCAGAAUGGAAGCCCGGCUAUGGAAGAAGAAGAUGACGACCCAACGCAGCCGCCUCCAUUGGAUAGCAUAACGGUCGGUUUCCGUCAAGCCCAGAAGUCUCGCAAUCAUCAACUGGACGAUGUUGCACGCCCAGGGACUUGA